CUGGACAGAUCAAGUGUACAAAGUCCUGUGCAUUUCACUUGCGCUCCGAGCUAUUUGCUUUCAGUUGGUUUUUGGAAUAAUUUAAGAACAACAUUCGAAGAAGAAAAUUGAUUUAAUCGGAAAAGGAAUUUGGAAUUAUAUUGUCUACCCUCGCAGUAAAGAAUUAUAGUUUGGAACGUUAAAUUGUUGGGGCUACAUUUGUUACUUCAUCAUGAGUUCUGUUUUGGCCACUGAGGGCCUGUUCUUCUCCGCCUUACAGCCCAGCUCUUCGGUCACCACAUAUGCGGUCCCGUCCGAUGACCAGCUCGGGACGGAUCAGCUGUCGAAAGCCAAACGCGUCCAGCAGCAGGUACAGCAGCGCAUGGCGGAGAAAGCCUCAUCCUUAUCCCGACUGAACGCAUCUCAUUACAGCUCAACAGAAUUUAACGGCUUGUCCUCCACAAGAUACCAAAUCAAAGGCCCUGGAUUCCCUUCCAAGUCUCUUGUCCCCAAUGGAAACAGAACAAUGGCAACCCCCCGAAUAUCUCAGUAUGCAGGUGGAUUUUCCUCUCGCUCUGCAGUAGAAGUGGGCACUCAGCACAGAAUUAGCCGUGGUGUCUCCAUGCCUGCAGUAGUGGGACGUCCAUACAUGCUUCAAGACGAUGCACAUGCGAGUGGCUUUUAUACUAACCAUAUGCAGACAAUGGACUCUAGAACUAUGAGUCGUGCUGAGCUGGAGGCAGCAUCAAUAGGCGGGCAUACAUUCCAGCGGCAAUCAUCUCCUGUGGCUAACUGGAAGCCAUCCUAUGGCCAAUGCCCUUCGCUGAAUGUGGUGCAUAGGCAACGCACCCUCAGUGGAACCCUGGCACCGGGGGGAUUCAGCAGAGGCUGGAGGGAGUCAGAGUUUGCUCAUCAAUAUUCAUUUAAAGGCCCCUCUCACCGAACCAUCAGCCGUAUAAAUAAUCGGCAGGUUCAGCAACAACAGCAGCAAAAGAUGGGUGGCAGUAAUAUGCAAUGGCAGCAGAUGUCCACUGGGGGCAGCAGUCUGAUGGGUGCUGGACAUUACCAGGGUACCAUAAAGCGAGCAGGGUCUGUGCAUAGUAUGAAGAGUGUUGGUCGUGGUGUGGACGUGUGUGAUGGUUUGGCAGAUGGAACUGUUGAUGCCCUUGGCGGAAUCCAUAACCUGGACAUGACCAAAGCAGUCAAUUAUAUUUCUUCCACUGACGUUGCCAUGCAGAUGUUGGGAGCAGCCUAUAUACAGCAUCAGUGCUACCACAGUAAUGAGGCAAAGAGCAUGAUGCUGAAUCUGAAGGGCAUCCAAGUGUUAGUGCAGCUUUUCAGCAGUGAGAACCAGGAGGUGCAGCGCUAUGCCACAGGUGCUACACGCAAUCUUAUCUACGAGAAUAUGGACAACAAGACAGCACUUAUUGAAUCUGGUGGCAUUAGCAAACUAAUUGGUGCUUUAAGACAACCAGAUGAUGAACUACGCAAAAAUAUAACAGGUAUUUUGUGGAACCUGUCUUCUAAAGACAGUCUAAAGGAGAAGCUGGCUAGAGAGAGUUUGUCUGAGCUGACAGAGAGAGUGCUGGUGCCUCUAUCUGGAGGUGGAGAUGCUGGCGUCAUUCAACAGAGUAUGUCUGAAGCUGAUAUAUUCUACAACACUACAGGCUGCCUCAGGAACCUGAGCUCAGUAAAUGAAAGAACCAGGCAACAGAUGCGGGAUACUCAAGGCUUAGUGGACUCUCUGGUUGGAUACAUUCAAAACUCCCUACAGGAUGAAAAAAGAGAGGAAAAGGGUGUAGAGAAUUGUGCAUGUGUCCUGCGCAACAUGUCCUUCCAGCUGUACUCUGAGAUCCCAGCCUCAGUUCAGAUCCGUUUGGAAGGGCCCACUCGAGCACAGGACACACGGCACAGUGACCCCAUAGGCUGCUUCACCCCGCAAAGUAGGAAAUCAAAAGAUAGAAAUCAAGAGCUGUCCACCUUCUCUGAAGUUGCACGAGUCCCUAAAGGUGCAGAGUGGCUGUGGCACCCAAAAAUAGUCGGCUUAUACAACAGCAUCCUGCAGAGCUGUGAGACAAAUACAGCCACAAGAGAGGCUGCAGCAGGAGCCUUGCAGAACAUCACAGCGGGGGAGGCCAGGUGGGCAUCAGUGUUGAGUCACGUGGCACUGGAGCAGGAGCGGAUGUUGCCAGUGAUACUUCACCAGUUGCAAAGCCCCACUGAUGCAGAGCUCCGUUCUCUCACAGGUUUGCUGAGGAACCUCUCCAGACACAGCAAAAACAAAGCUGACAUGGCUACCAAAGUGGUUAAUGUUCUAGUGACCAAACUCCCCAGUGACGGACAUCAGAAAGACCCUUCUAGUGAUGUUGUGGUCAACAUUUGUGGGGUUCUCAACAAUCUGGUUACAGCAAGCUCUGUAGCUGCAAGAGAUAUCACUUUCUUUGAUGGACUACCCAAGCUGGUCAGCAUUAAGACAUCCCAUGACAACAGUCCUGGGAAGCUGAAAGCGGCCAGGGUUGCCUCCACGGUGCUGUGCAACAUGUUUCAGUACAGCAAACUCCACAGAGACUACAAACAGAAAGGGUUCACAAAGCGAGAUUUCACUGAUGUAGCCAUCUAAUCUGUGUCCAUGAUUCAGUACUAAACAACUCAAAGGAUAAGGUGGCAAUAGACGACUAUAGGAUUCUACCUGUCUUUACCACCACUACCCAAGGGUCCACCAAAGUCACAAAGGGAAUGUGAUCAGCCUCUAUCAUCCACAGUGAAGCAGUGGAGAGAAUGAACAGUUUUUACUAGAUUAUAAAUCUGAGUUUGCAACACUCAUAAGUAUUAUGAAAUGCCAGAAAUGUAGAGGAAUGCUUGCAGAGCACUACAUCUAAAAGGUAGACCCAAAUGCAUGUGUGUGUCUUGGUUGAAUUAAUUACAUGAACCUAAAGUCUGUUUGGGAGAAGGCAACAGAUAGACAUGAAAUGUUAGCUUCCAUUAGUUGAUUGCAGAAACACAUUACUUUGAACAAUUCAAAGAUUAAUUCUUUCACCAAGAUCUGCUUCUUUUGCAUAGACUGGAAGCUAAUCAGUCUUAUCCUAAAUAUAUUUUAUUUUUGCUAAAUAUUUUUGUAGUUGCUCACAACUAAAGAGACAGAUUUGCCGGACUGGGUAUUUCAUGAAUAUCUUUAACAUCUCUGCAGGCUUUUGCUCAUAUUACAGUUUCAUUAGCACUGGAAUUUAAGUGCAAAAGAGAUAACACAUUACUGUAUAUGUCAUCUGAAAUAUAUCUGAAUAUCAUGAAAGCACAAAUAUAACACCCCAUUGCCUUUUGAAAUAAAUCCUUAUUUGGACAUUUGUAUUCAUAAUUAUAAGUCAGUUACAUUCAGAAGCAGUGCAUAAGAAUUCCCUACCCCAGAUUUAUAUAAUACAUUAAAACAAUAGUCACAAAUCAUUUUGAUAUAAUAUGGUAACAUUGUUUUUGUUGUUGUUGUUUUUUUUUUGACUUUGUGCAGUCAAUCAAGUUUAUUGUCCACAUUACUAAACUUAAUUUACACAUGAACUAAAUGGC